CGGCCGGCUUCGAUCUCUCGUUCGCCAUUCAGUGGCACCAACACGCACUCUCUCACUCACCAGUGUCGUCAAGCUCAAGCCAUACAUCUAUCGUCUGACGCUUCAGGAGAGGACGACACCGUUGUUGUCUUGGCAUCGCAGCACGCAGCAGCAGCAGCAGCAGCAUCAAGCCGUCAUGAGGAGUGCUUUCCAGGACCACGGGCUCGGCUUCCACCAGGCGAUCACCGACGGCGGCGGGGGCGGCGCCGGCCCGGCUACGACCGCGGCGCCGUGGUGGGCCGCCGCCCCUCACCAGGGGUGCGCUGCGGCCAGGUUUCCGAUCAUCAGCUCGUCGUCAGGCGAUCCAGACCCUCGGCGGCACGAGCUGAAAUUCCACGAGCCUCCCGGGGCAGCCGCCAUGGCCGCCGCCGCGCACCCGGAGCUGCUGCUGCACAAGUACCACCAUGGCCGUUUCGACCUGUCCAUUGGGCAAUCCAUGAUGUUUAGCACCAACGCCAUUCCUGACCAUCAUAGCUAUGGCACUGCGUCGUACUAUCCCUUCUAUGGAGCCCAUGCUCUGCACGGGAGGGUGCUCCUGCCGCCGGCGAUCGCGGCCGACGAGCCGGUGUACGUGAACGCCAAGCAGUUCAACGGCAUCCUCCGGCGGCGGCUGGCGCGCGCCAAGGCGGCCUGCAGGGACCGCCGGGUCUCCGGGGGGAACCGCCGCAAGCCAUACAUGCACGAGUCACGGCACCUGCACGCGCUGCGCCGGGCGCGGGGCACCGGCGGCCGCUUCCUCAACACCCGGAGCCGCGACGACGGCGACCCGCACAAGCCGCCGAACGAGGGCAGCGCCGCCAGCAAUAAGGCGAAGGCGAAGGCGGCGGCGGCGGCGGCGACGAGGCUGCAGCAGCAGGAGGACCGGCAGGCGGACGCCCUGUUCCUCUCGUCGCUGGUGAACGUGGCGGGCGGCGACGGAGACGGCGGCGAGGCCACCGCGUGGCCCGGCUGCAGCGCGCCGUCGCGGGGCUGCUGCGACCUGCUCAGGUCGUGACGCCGGCGGGUGGCCUCGCCGUCGCCCUGGUGGUGGUACGGUGGUGGCUCUCUAGGACGUACGGCAACUCAUUCUUGGCUCCGGGGUGUGUCACGGUCAGUGUGUGGUGCACAGUGCCCAAAGCGAGCUCCUACAUUGUUUCGUUGUGCAUGUAAAAACCACCGCAAGUUCGUUUUAUUGAUGUUCCAAAAAACUCUCGUCCUGUUUGAUGCAUGAGACGGAGACGGACAGCAGUGUGCACUGGUGAGUGUGAUGACUAAACGGCCGUACUACCAUCCAAGGCAUUCAGACA